CACUCUCUCCUUCGACGACAAUGUCCUCUCCAGAUGGCCGCGGCUACACCUAACGAGCUACAGUGUCUCCCUACAUCUACGCAGAAUAAGAUACGCUCAACUCAGAUUGUUGUCUCGUUACCCCAGCUCGUGUUGGAACUCGUUCAAAAUGCCUUGGACGCAGGCGCGGGGCAAGUAGACGUAGGCGUGGACUGCGAAGAGUGGGCCUGUUGGGUUAAAGAUAAUGGGAAAGGCAUGAGCAAGCAAGAUCUAAGCUCAUUAGAAACUGCAGGACGCUACGGAACAUCUAAGGCGUACACCAUGGAGUCAUUGGGCGAAAUUUCCACAUUCGGCUUUCGCGGGGAAGCACUAGCAUCUAUCGCAGACCUCUCAUGUCUUGAAGUUACCUCACGUACGGCGAUGUCACGCGAGUCCUGGUCCACCAUAUGGAAGGGUAGCAAGCAUCUCUACAGCGGCCCUGCGAUUAGAUGGCGGCAAGAAUCCCAGGGGACUGUCGCCUGUGUUCGUGACGCUUUUUAUAACUUACCCAUACGUCGUCUCUCGCACAUUUCACCAUCACGAACUUUGGAACUCAUUCGCAAGGAUCUCGAAGCACUCGCACUGGUUUUCCCGCACGUGACAUUCUCGCUAGAGAAUACCCAUAAAUCCAACGCUGGACGCUCAGACGUUGGACGUAUAGCAAAGAUACCGAAGACAUCGUCGAUGCUGCAUGCCUUUAGACAUCUUUUCGGACGCGCAUUGGUUGAACACAUCGAAGAUAUUCAUGAUACCCACGAAGACAUAAGCAUAGACGGAUUCAUCAGCCUGAACGGCGUCGCAUCCAAGGCAUGCACCUCCAUCUUUGCUAGCGUGUUCAUCAUAUUCAACAUUAACCGCCACCUACUAAGCACUUGUGACCUACACCGCAUCAUUGAUUCGGCUUUUGCAGCAAGCUCCUUUGGGAAACACGCCCUUGACGAGUAUAAUCAGCUUUCACAAGCAGAGACGAUUCGACGUCCACCCAAUAUGUCUGAGAAGAAACCGGUAUACGUACUGAACGUCACUGUGUCCCCCCGCUACGUCGACAAUUGUGUCGAGCUUGGAAAGACAGCUGUGAACCUUCAAAACAAUCGCACAGUCUCUGGUUUCCUCCUGGCGAUCAUACAAGCAUUCUUGGUGAAGCACAAUUUCAAGACCCAAGGCAUUCCUCAGUCGAAGCCGUCUCCAAGAAAAAGGCGAAAGCUUACUUGUGAUACGGAGCCAAAAGAAUUGUGUGAACGGAUUUCUCUUCAAGAUAGAGCGGAGUUGCCAGUCAUAGUGCCAAAGCUGGAUGAUACUGACGACGAUGACGUGCUAUGGACCGACCCUUCUUCCGGCGUGGUAUAUAACCUGGACAGGCGGACAGGCAACUCAUAUCUAAUCGACGCAUCUCGCCAACAUACUGCAAAUGCCGAGGGCGGCCCCCAGUCUCGGCGCACGUUACAGCAUUGGCCCACUAAUCAGACGUCAACUACCGGCAUACACGACAUGCCGUCUUGGAUUAAAGAAGCGCUUGGAGCGAAUCAGACAUUCGUCCUAAAGCUCCCCAGUAUACCAUCGCUUUCCUUAUCCUCAUCCUUCGUAGGCGACCAAGAGCGUUGCCAAUAUCUGCACGGACGACAGUCAUUUCUCUCUCAGGCCGACGCAAUUUCCAAUACCCAAUCCCAGCUUGCUCGUUUCUCGAGAAACGAUUUAUCAAGGACCUGUAUUCUUGGCCAGGUCGACAGGAAGUUCGUUGCAUGUGUAAUCCCGUCAAAUACUGUCGCAGAACACGAAGCACGCGACUCAUCCCUCAAAACAGAAGACGAAGGUCUCCUUGUCCUGCUAGAUCAGCACGCGGCAGACGAGCGCAUCCGAGUAGAGCGCUUCAUGCGCGAGCUAUGCAAAGGCUUUUCCGCAGACGGUCAAGCGAGCACACUUUCCCCGGACGUCCGAAAAUUAGACCCGCCCGCAAGGAUCGUACUGACGAGGCGCGAGGCCGACAUUCUCGCUUCCACCAACGUGCAGGCUGCUUUCCGGCUCUGGGGGGUUGGCUUUGGGCCGGCGCCUGAAGUACAGCAAGAGGAAGAGUGCAUAUCGCGAUUCUUCUCGACUGCGAAAGCUGUGGGGCCCGUGGAGCACAGCGGAUAUGUCCAAGUGGAUGUCCUAACCGUACCGGAGGUGGUUGCUCGGAAGUUGCUCGCAGAUGAUCACCUCCGCGAUCUCGUCAAGUCAUAUCUUGCCGAUCUGGACGGAUCAGGCCUCGCCACAUCGUUGCUAUCCUUCAGGCCCGUCUCUGCGGAUCCCAGUACGGUGUGGCAGCGGGCGAUGCAGUGGUGCCCACAAGAGCUGCAGGAGCUCGUGAACUCGAAGGCAUGCAGAGGCGCGAUCAUGUUCAACGACCCGCUCAGCUCGGAGCGCUGUGAGCAGUUGGUGAGCGAGCUGUGCGAGACUGCGCUGCCGUUCCAGUGCGCGCAUGGGCGGCCGUCACUAGUGCCACUGACAUCUAUUCAAGGACCUCUUGUCCAGGGCGUAGAGAUGUCGAGGCAUUUAGUACCUAUACAAUGGGCAAUAUUUGGCAAGGAACAUUGAAGGGAGUUUACUCAUGCGUGGUGAUCGUCUCGUUUCGCCACAUACCUUGUGUACAUCAUCGCUAUCAAAUUUUCUGCCGUCUAGGGUCUAGAACUGCGGCGGCAGAGACCAUGUACCUCAUGCAUAUAUAACGC